GUGUCAUGUACAUUUUACAUGAUCAAUGAACGGCUUUCAGUGGAAACAUUGUUUAUAUCAAUAAAUUAUUAGGUCGAAACUGAAGCAAACUUGAAGAGGCAAUUCGGAUCAAGGUCAGGUCAUGGCUGGUUAAUGGAAUCUUUGCCUAUUAAUGUUGGUCUAAUUUCCUUGUUAGUCGAAAUAAUUCUUUUUACAGGUCCUGGAAAAUAUUGUUUCUCUCCUCCCAUUAUCUGACCAAAAGUCUAUAUCUCUGACAUGCUGGAGGCUCUAUUACGCUGUAUCACGAAAGGUUUUCUUGUUAAAAAGACGUUUUAUUCUGAGAGAAUCCUUAUCGAAUACAUCAUUUUUGUUCUGCAAACAAUCGGAUAAAAGUGGCAAUGGGGAAAACUCUUAUCUUGAUAGUGGUGUCUCGCCAUCAACAGUUUGCUGGGCCCCAUGGGUAACAAGCUUAUCCCUCAAAGACACACAUCCGAAUCCAGCUGACCUCUCACUUCUUUUGAGGUCAUGCUCGCGUUUGGUUUCUCUUGACCUAACUGGAUGUGACAGCCUUUUUAACAAAACUUUGGGAGCCGAUCUAUUCUUGUCAAAUGCCUUUGAGAGAGAUGCUAUAAGGGAAUGCCUAGGAAGUACUCUUACGAAGCUUACUCUUGCCAACAUAUCCAGUUUGUCCGACGAAAAUUUGGAAAACUUGUUUGCUACAUUCCAGAGCUUGUCUGAUAUUGAUCUCAGUGGUUGCUUAUUUGAUUUCAACUUAACGAACGUGAAUCUCAGGCGCAUACUUACAUUUCCCAGAUUCCUAUCCCUGGUUGGUAACUUGGAGCUUGGGAGCAAAUUUAAGCAACCUUGUGGUGGGGUAAUGCACCUGAAUUCCACUUCUGUAAACGAUGAGUCGCUGCGUGCUUUGGCAACCAUACCGGGACUACAUAUCUCUGGCAUAUACUUAGAUAACUGUCGAGAGUUGUCAGAUACUGGUUACUUGUAUUUGAUGAUGUCAGACAGUGUUUUCAAUUGUCUAAAGAAAGUGUCUUUUAGUUAUCCUGGACCAAGUGUGACCUGUCGUGUGGUUGAAGUGUUGUUGGAGCGGUUUAGUCACCUCUUAACCUACGUUAAACUUACAAAGUGGUCAUUCCCCACAAAUUCACGUGUUCCCCCUCUUUUUAAACGAUGCUCAGCUAUUGAAUAUUUAGAUUUGUCUUCUUGUUUCACAUCACCGAAGCUGCUGGUUAAUAGUGUUUCAUCAGCUUUUACGCAGCUAACCAGUUUAGUACUUUCUGGAUAUUCAGGUUUGCUUGAUGAAGAUUUGAAUUAUAUUCUGAAGGGUCUUGCUUGUUGUUUGAAGUCUCUUGAUAUCAGUUCUUGUUUAAAUCUAACAGAUGUCUCGUUAUCGUCAGUUUACACGUACUCUCCAUAUUUGGAAACUUUUGUUGCAAGCUGGUGCAGAGGAUUCACCGAUUCAGGCAUAUGUAAUUUAUCUUCAAACGCAUUGGAAACUGAAAAUCGGAGUCUUUUUAGUUUAAAGCGUCUUAAGUCUGUUAACCUUUGUGAUUGCAGUCAAAUAACAGGAUCCUCGUUUCUUUGCAAUGCAAGUGACGGUCUCAUCCUAUACGACCUUACGUCUCUUCGUAUUGGACGUAUUGGUUCCCUAGAUAAAAGCGUUCUACUUUCCGUUCCCUCCAUUGCUCCCCAGUUGCAUAUUCUGGACAUAUCUCGUUCUUCAGUAGAUGAUAAGACUAUAGAAGUGUUGACUACGAAGCUGUCAAAUACUUUAAGAGAAUUGUUCGUCGCUGGUUGUGAACAUUUAACUGACCAAGCUCUAUCUAGCAUUCUUACUAACAUCCCUUUUUUGAGAACACUUGAUAUUUCAUUUUGCCCUUAUAUUUCGCCAAAGGCUGUGUUAUUAUUCAAAAGUUCCAUGCCAUAUUUGUAUUACAUUAAAUCCAUUUAUGUUGGAUCCUAUCUGAAAAGCGCCCAAGUUUCUUAAGUUUUUCCUUUUUUAAAACUUUAUUGAACUUUUGGUUUUUUGUGAAAAAUAAAAUCCUGCAUUAUGAUAAGCGCCACCAGUCUAAUCAUAUUGAUUUUGCUGUACAUAAUAUUGAAACCACCAUUUUGAAAAAAUUUAUGGGUUGUGGUUUGUUUUAUGUUUUUUUGCUUUUGUCUAUUUUAGAAUUUCUUCAAGUUACUGUUGUCAUUAUAACUAAUAUUGUUAUCAAUAAUAACCUACUGAG